GGGGAGGAGCCUGGGGAGGAGCCUGGGGAGCGGGGACCCGGCCGGCUUACAGGAGGCAGAGCCCAGCAGGCCCAGGUCAGCCCAGCGGCGAGCAGCCUCAUGGAAGAGAAGCAGAUCCUGUGCGUGGGGCUGGUGGUGCUGGACGUCAUUAAUGUGGUAGACAAGUACCCAGAGGAGGACACGGACCGCAGGUGCCUGUCCCAGAGAUGGCAACGUGGAGGCAAUGCGUCCAACUCCUGCACCGUCCUCUCCCUGCUUGGAGCCCCCUGUGCCUUCAUGGGCUCACUGGCCCGUGACCAUGUUGCUGAUUUUGUCCUGGAUGACUUCCGCCGCUAUUCCGUGGAUCUACGCUAUGCUGUCUAUCAAACUACAGGCUCCAUUCCCACUUCCACAGUGAUCAUCAGUGAAGCCAGUGGUAGCCGCACCAUCCUGCAUGCCUACAGGAACUUGCCAGAUGUGUCUGCUAAGGACUUCGAGAAGGUUGAUCUGACCCGGUUCAAAUGGAUCCACAUUGAGGGCCGGAAUGCAUCAGAACAGGUGAAGAUGCUACAUCGGAUAGAACAGCACAAUGCCAGGCAGCCUCCAGAGCAGAAGAUUCGGGUGUCUGUGGAGAUAGAGAAGCCCCGGGAGGAGCUGUUCCAGCUAUUUGGCUAUGGAGAGGUGGUGUUUGUCAGCAAAGACAUAGCUAAACACCUGGGGUACAAGUCAGCCAAGGAGGCCCUGAGAGGCUUGUAUAGUCGUGUGAAGAAGGGGGCCACACUCAUCUGUGCCUGGGCCGAGGAGGGUGCCGAUGCCCUGGGCCCUGACGGCCAGCUGCUCCACUCAGAUGCCUUCCCACCACCUCGGGUAGUGGACACUUUGGGGGCUGGAGACACCUUCAAUGCCUCUGUGAUCUUCAGCCUCUCAAAGGGGAACAGCAUGGAAGACUCACUCAGGUUUGGCUGCCGGGUGGCUGGCACGAAGUGUGGUCUACAGGGGUUCGAUGGCAUUGUGUAAGAGCUGUGUGGCCGGGGCACCAGCUCCUCCCCCUUGGAGGCUGACCGCAUGGCCUGCUGUUGCUUCCCUCCUCCAUCCAGCCUGACUCCCCCAGCCCUGCUUCCUGGGAAGAUGGGAGACUGCUGGUGCCCUUUGUCCCGCCAUAUCUCAUCCUGCACAGCCGCUGAGCAAAUAAAUCUCUUUCCCCAAA